AUGUGUUAUCUCGGUUCUUCAACACAUGGAAGAUGUUGUUGCUGCAUUCCUCUGGGAAUUUCUGGAACAAUUACAUCUCUGUUAUUAUUGGCAUCGGGGAUCUUCACGACAUGCCAAUUUUCACAGACUCCUAACCAAGAAAUAGGUGGUUUAACAUCAUCAGCAUUGUUUACAGGUGUUACGCUUCUAUCAUUCCUAUGCUUUUAUUGUGGUCCAGGAGGAGCAGGAUUUGCAUACUUUGCAACCCAAUUUACAGCAAUUGUAGUGACUUUUCAGAUAAUAUACCAGUGGUGUCUUUGGAGCUAUAGUUUCUUGCAGGUUGGACAUUUCUUGAUAGGGUUUAAAAUGGCUUUUAUUAUUACCAUUAUUUGGAUUGCAACCCUAAUCGUUAAUAUUAUCUCCAUUACAAUUUUCAGAUCUACUUGGGAGAUUAAAAUUCAGGGAGGAAGCACAUGGAAGUUAAAGAAUGCCCAGGAAGUGAGGCUUAAAAACCUAGAAAACGCUGUAGGAUUAUAA